AUGAGCACCAUCAACGUUCUCGGAACCAAGGGAAGAAAGGUAUUUGUAGAGCACGGUGGUCGCGUUUACUCUGCCCCACAGAAGGACAUCCAGGAGAUGGCGCUGUUGAAUGACCAGAAUCGCAGAUCGUACUACGCUCGCGAUGGAGAUCGUCAGGAAGAAGAAAUGGAGCAGAAAUCGAAAAACCAUCUACCGAACGGGGACAAUAUGAGCGUAAAGUCCCGGGAGAUCUACAGCUUGUCGAGCGACUCGGAUGUGGAAAGCCACAAUGGUGCCGAGAACCGUUUCGUGCCGACGAUAGUUCCAUCGUGCAGUGCCUCCAAAGUGAUGACAAAACUGAAGGACGAGGUGAUGCGUUUGAUUGACGAAUCGAUCGAGAAAAUCGAGCAAGACUGGGCCGAACAGAUGGCGAGUACGAAGUGCGAAGAGCAGCCACCUUCAAAGGCGCCGCCUAAUACGCCGGCGGAGGAGAAAAUAGACCACAGCUUGCCCGGUGAAAAUACACUGGCGCUGCAUCCGGACGGGGAUCAGGGCGAGCUAAAUCACAGGGAGCAAAAUUUGCUAGUAAUGAAGUCGCAACAGUUUGUCGAUUCCAAGCGGCGCACACGCAUGAUGCUGCUGGACGAAAUUCACGCUCGAAUCGAACGGCUGAAGGAUAUGGAAACGCUGGAGUAA